CAAGAGGAUUUACAUUUGUCUGGUUCCUACAGUGUAUUAAAGAUGACUUGGAUCUUCCAGAUAAUGCAAAUUUCACCUUCAUUUCUGACAGGCAAAAGGGAAUAAUACCAGCCAUAAGUCAGGUAUUUCCAGCAGCUGAGCAUAGAUUUUGUGCAAGGCAUAUUUGGUAGAACAUGAAACUUCAAUGGAGAGGAGAUGCCUUCAAGGAUUGUCUUCAAAAUGCAUCCAAAGCUUAUACAGUUCCAGAUUUUGAAGCAAAAAUGGAGGAGUUGAGGUUGUACAACAUUGAAGCUUAUAAUUGGUUGGCAAGUAUUCCACCCAUUCACUGGAGCAGGUCUCAUUUUACAGGUAGGGCACAAUCUGAUGUGGUGCUGAACAACAUGUGUGAAGUCUUGAAUGCAAGGACAGUCAAUGGUCGAGACAAGCCUAUAAUUUCUGCUUUGGAGUUUGUCAGAGAGUAUCUAAUGCAGAGGAUAGUGAAUGUCAUCAGGAAGAUUCGGCAGACAAAUGGUCCACUUACUCCUAGAGUUGCAAAGAUCUUUGAAAACACAAAGAAAUUAGCUGCAAAUUAUAAUGUUAGGUGGAGUGGUGGGACAAAGUAUCAAGUCAGUGGUAAGGUCACAGUGGAUGGUGCUGCAACACAUAAACAGUAUGUUGUGGAUGUUGUGGAUAGGGUUUGCACUUGUAGAGAAUGGGAAGUUUCAGGAAUCCCUUGUAGGCAUGCUGUGGCUGUCAAUUGGGACAUGGCAAUGAAUGGCCAAGAGGUUGGACCCCCAGAAUCAUGGGUUAAUGAAUGUUAUUAUCUUGAAACAUGGAAGAGGGUUUACAGUCAUACCAUUGGUCCCAUUAAUGGUAGAGAAUUAUGGCCAAAAUCACAGGUUCCAACCAACCUAACCCCACCUCUACACCACACACCUAUCGGCAGACCUAAGAAGAAAAGAAGGAAGGAUGCUGUGGAGUUGCAGGAUGAAGUUGAAAGGGCUUCACAAGCAAGAAACAAGAGAAACAGGGCUGCUGAAGCUGAUAACGAGCAGGCUGUGGUUGGUGGCAAAUUCACAAGAAAAUGGAAGUCCGUGAAGUGCCAGAAGUGUGGUGAAAAGGGCCACAACCAAAGAACUUGUGGAAGGACCAAAACAGUUGUCGGGCCGAAGAAAGGGAAGAAAGGUAAGAAGAAGAAAGAUGGUAAUCAACCUACUGAGGCUGGUGAGGGAGCUCCAACUGUUUAAGGGUUAUGGUUCUUCGGGUUGUCGGGUUAUGGUUUUUGGGUUGUCUUAAGGGUUAUGGUUCUUUUGGGUUGUCUUAAAACAGUUAUGCAGU